AGGACACAACCCAACAAGAGUCUAUUGUGGCCACAAAUUAAAAGUGUUGAUAAUUCUCUCUUCUCUCUCUCUCUCUCUCUCUCUCUCUCUCCUCACUCUCUCCGUUGAUUGCAGUAGUAAAACAUGGCUUCUAACAUAACUCUCCCAAGCUUUCAAGGCCCUCUUCUCAAAUCCAAUUUUCUUGGAAAAAAUGAUCUCUCCAAUCGUGCUCAUAAAUCGUCUUUCACAAUUCACAAACAGCCAUCGAUCCAUUCCCUAAGGCCAUGUGCCAAAUUCAAUCUAUCUGAAAUCUUGGGAGGCAGAGGGCUUUGCAAUGGUGAAGAAGGUCUGCUACAAGAGCUUACAAAAAAUGUUGAAGAACAAAAAGAUGUGGAAGAACAAGUAUCAGCAGCCGUUGCUGCUGAAACAGAUGAAGAAAAAUCAGAUAGUUCUGCGGCAAGUGCUCUUAAAAGCGUUCAAGAAGAUGCUUUUGAAAAGGAGCUUAUGGGGCUUACUGGGGGAUUUCCUGGUGGUGAGAAGGGGUUGCAAAAGUUCAUUGAGAAAAACCCACCUCCCAAAAAGCCAUUGGUUGCAGACUCUGGAUCAACUGCGGCACUUGUGAGCUCAAAGAAGCCAAAAGCACCUGAAUUGCCAUUGUUGCUGCCUGGUAUGAUUGCCAUUGUGAACAACCCUAAUAGCCCUUAUUACAAGUACUGUGGCAUUGUACAACGAAUCACCGAUGGGAAAGCUGGGGUUCUUUUUGAGGGAGGGAAUUGGGAUAGGUUAAUUACUUUCCGACUGGGAGAGCUCCUGCGCAGAGACAAGGGCCCUCCUGGCAAAAAUCCCAAAUCUGCCGUCCUCGAACCUUUUCUCCAAAAGGAUUCUGAAUGAGUCAUUCCCUUAGAAACUCUAUCACAUGCAUAUGUAUUUGAAUUCGGAAUGUGCAGUACUGAAAUUUCUAGCUUAAAUGGCACCCACUUGUUGAAUGAGUCAUUCCCUUAGAAACUUUAUCACAUGCAUAUGUAUUCGAAUUCGGAAUGUGCAGUACUGAAAUUUCUAGCUUAAA